CGAGUUCAAGCUAGAAGAAGAGGCUUUCUCCUAUCCUUCAAGACUAUCACCUCGAGUCUGUUUCAUUCUUGAGACGUUGCGUUCAGGACUCAAUUCGUCUCGGAGAGGAAUAGACAAAGAAGCAAACGGAUCAGAUUUCAAUAUGGCUCUUGCUUUACCUGCGGAUGUGCAACGAGUUGCCAACUCGGGAAGCGUCAAGCUCUUUGGCAAAUGGGAAUCUCAAGGUGUUGAGGUCAAGGACAUUUCCCUCCAAGACUACAUCAACAUCUCUCACGCUGUCUACACUCCUCACACCGCUGGUCGAUAUGCCAAGAAGCAAUUCGCCAAGGGCCGAAUGCCCAUUGUCGAGCGAUUGGUUAAUGCUCUCAUGAUGCACGGCCGAAACAACGGUAAAAAGAUCAUGGCCGUCCGAAUCGUUCAACACGCUUUUGAAAUCAUCCACCUCGUCACUGACCAGAACCCCAUCCAAGUCUUGGUCGACGCCAUUGUCAACUCUGGACCCAGAGAAGACUCUACACGUAUUGGAUCUCAGGGAACCGUCCGUCGACAAGCUGUCGAUGUCUCCCCUCUGAGACGUGUCAACCAGGCCAUCACCCUCCUUACCACCGGAACCCGUGAAUCCGCUUUCCACAACUCCAAAUCCGUCUCUGAAUGCUUGGCCGACGAGCUCGUCAACGCUGCCAAGGGAUCUUCCAACUCUUACGCCAUCAAGAAGAAGGACGAGUUGGAGCGAGUGGCCAGGAGCAACCGAUAGAGUGCUGUGUUCGUCUGGUGGUGUGGCGAGCGAAGAAGGAGGAGGGAGAAGGUCUAUACAGGUAUACGUACUUGUAGUAGGAUCGGGGCGACCUACCGCCUGGCCCGGGCAUCUUAUGAUUUUCUGCAUGGGAAUCCUCUGUG